UGUACAGGCUUAUAAGGAAUGGGUUAUACCUGCGAAUAAUGUUGUUUGGUUUAUGUUUUUGAAAAACCGGAUACAGUUUAUCCUAGGAGAUGUAAGCAAAUGUGCUGUAGCGCAGUGUGCCUAUCUUUCCUCGCCUUUCCUUGAUUUACUGGAUAAAGCGAAAACUGGCAACGCUCAAGUGCUGCCCGGGAAUUCACAAAAUUCCAAGAAAAGCUUGUUUGGCCAGUCUCCAAAAGUCUUAAAAGAACCAGAAGACGUACAAAAGGGCACAGCACACGCUACGCCUUUGGGAGGUGGUGUGCUCGGCGGUGAAAUGAUCAACGUAACUGUACCCUGCUCCGACCCGAUCCAAGUUCGCUGCAAAUUCGGGCACCACGAAACGCCGGGUUUCUGCAUCGACCACGACAAAGCGAAAUGUCAAGCGCCGAUGACGCUGGAAAGCGGUUGGCUGCCCUUUGCGGUAAGUAUCAACAGGGGCCAGACCUACAACACUUCCGGGGAGUUCUUUGUCGCACCGCAUGGGCAAAGUGUGGCUAGGGUCCAUUUACGCUACCUCGAUAACUGGUUCCUGCGAACUCCUCCCAACCAACUGACUGUGGAAUGGAAUCCUCGGGAAAUGACCUGGACAGAUCGCAUACAAAUCGAUAUCGGUCUUUGGGGAUAUCGAGAAGAGGCCAACCGUCCAGUAAUACAGUUCCUGGCCAACAUCGCCACCAACAUUCUCAACGACGAUGGACGCUACAGCUUCGAUCCUCACAACCGGGUGGCUGAACGCCAGCCGGCGAGAUUUACCCUGGGAUUUAUUCGUAUAAGUGCCUCCAACGCGGCGGGAGCGAGCUCUGUGGCAUAUUCGCAUCUUUGGUCGGAGAUGAUUCCCUUGGCGUGGUAUUUCCGGAAGCAAUGGCGCCAGGAUUUUGGGGACGACUACGCCGGGCAGUUUUGUCGGGAUUGGUAUUACAGCGAUCGCGCAUUACCGGAGUUCAUCGGUUCUCUAGAGGCCUGUCCAUGCACCAAGCAGCAAGCCCAAGCGGAUAAAGGUCGCUUCAUACCGGAUGUGGAGUGCGACUACGACGGCAUUAGCACGUGUAAUUUCCAUAAAGAUGCCAUUCACUGCGUGUACGGACGAGUGCAACCGUCCACGGGAGCCGGACAGGAGUGCUGCUACGAUCGCGAGGGGAAGCUGCUGCUUAACAAUCUGGGGAGUGGCUCACCGAAUCGUGUGCAUCCCUACGGUGCCCCAACCAGUCGGGAAUCGGUGGCUUCGCUGUCCAACUGGUUGCACGACAAGAUGCCCUGGUUUCUGUGCUGCACGUGGUCUGACAACUGCGAAUAUCACGCGCAAUACCGGCGCGUAUCGCACGACUGUGGUGGCUACCAAAAUCCCGGAGCCGCAGUUAUUUAUGGCGCUGCUCACGUCAUUACCUUCGACAAUGUGCAGUACACUUUCCCUGGAUUGGGCGACUAUGUACUGCUACGGUCCGAUUUACCAUCCUUGUCCAUCAACGUGCAAGUCCGUCUGCAGAAACUGCCACAUGAACACUUUGGAGACAUUAAUUCAACGUUUGUCCAGGCUGUGGUUGUGCAAGAAAAUGGUUCCGAUAUUGUCGAAAUACAAGCGGUUGAGCAAGAUAAAAAUUGGCACCCCGUACUCCCUGUUUUAGUUAACGGUCAGCCUCGCUACUUCAACCAGUCAUGGCUCAAGAUCCAGCAAUUUAAAGGUGUAUCGAUUCAUAACUCCGAAUACAAUUCUGACCGCUCUAACAUGGUCGUUCGCUUUCCGUCUGGAAUCGCUAUCGAGGUUAGCGAAACACAGGGCCGCCUGCAUGUGACGGCAUCCGUGCCUCCAGAAAUUCAGAAUCAUACAUACGGUUUGUUCGGCAAGUGGAACGGUAUUCCGGACGAUGAUCUAACAACGGCCAAUGGAAUCGAAGUACCCAUGUCGGCCAGUACAAAAUCAAUAUAUUUCGGUUUUGCAAAAAACUUGUAA